AUGUGGUGCUGUGCGCUUCGUCCGUUUGCGGAAUCUCAAAAUUUCAAGAAUGAAGAAAAUGACGAAUUGAACGCAAAUUUUACGACACAUUAUAGCGACCAAACAGAAAAGCUGCGACAUGACUCGUAUAAAAAUCUUUUCAAAAAUACCCAAUACGAAGAUUGUCGCAUCAACUCCACAUGUAAUGAUGAGAAUUUGACGAGGAUCGAAGAGGAAAACGAUCAAUUGCUUAAAAAUUCCAGCAGCACUUUUGAGAUUUUUCCUGUAACAGCGCCUAAUAGUAAUCUUUCAGUAGAAAUGAAUAAAAUAAACUACAUAGAUUUGAACGCCGAAAUAGGAUCUUUAUUAUUUUUGCUGCCGAUAUUUCUCGUGUAUUCCAUACUGCCAGAACUCCGAAAUGUACACGGCUUCAUAUUGCGGAAUUACAUCGGUGCCUUGUCUGUUGCAUACGGAAUUGACAUUGUGAAUAUUAUAAUUAGAACGAAUUCUGUGCAAGAUUCCGUCUGCGUUACAAUAGGUACAAACAUUCUUUUCGUUACAACGAAAUGUGAAACAGCAACAGAGAAAGAAAUUGUUAUUUUAUGCAAUCUACGCGUGGGGAAUCCUUUUAUCCUGGAUAUUGUUUGUAGUAUUAUGGAUUUUAUUACAUGCGUGCCAGAAAUUUUUCAACCAAAAUUUCGCUCAAGCGGUUGCAUAUUAAAUGGAGAAAAUAUAAUUGCGUUUAUAUUGUAUUACUAUGUGCUCAAAAGUAUGUGCAUUAUUAGUAGCAUUUGUUUAUCUAUUUCUACGGUAUUAAAAAUUGGACGUUACAAAAAGGAUACGGGUCAUCGUCUGAUAGAUUCGGAGAGCAAGUGCUAUAACGAUAAUAAAAAAUGGUUUAAUCUAUAUCUGAAGCUAUUUAUCGUACUGUUUAUCUUAAUAGGCAUAAAAUGGCUUAUGUUAACAGCGGAAGUAUUAUCUGAAAAUGUAUCAAUUUUCAACUCGUAUGUUUUUGAUUUGCUGGACAUUAUGAAGAAUCUGCACCUUUAUCAUAUUUCUGUGGAAAAAAAAGAUGAAGCGCAUGUUAUUCAAGCGAUUCGGCUGCGGUUUGUUGCCAAAAGCUCGAUCUGGAUAAAAUGCAACAUCGUCGAACGUUAUUAUCACAUCAAAAGAAAUAGUCAAUCAGAAGAAGAUUUCUUUCGGACGAAGUCACAAUGAUAGGACCGACCUUUAAUUUUUAUUUGAAAAUUAAAAUCAUAUUUUUUAUGUUAAUCUUU